UAGUUGCUACGCAGUGCAGCGAAAUGGCGGAAAAUUUGAGUACGGAUUGUGACGGGCAAAAGCAGUGAUAAAACUAAACUGAUAUAUCCAGAAUUAACAAGUAUUGAUAACAUCUAAAUGAACCAUAAAUCAUGGGGGAUACAGCUGAAAUCGUGUCUGAAAGUCGGAGGAUAUUGGAUGCGAUACCAAAUCCACAAAGCCUGUUUUCAAGUUUCCUGCAGAGAGAUGAUGAGAAUGAAGGACAGAACUUGAAGCUCAAAUGCAGCAAAGACGAGAAUGAAUUCACCAAGCUUAAGCUAGCGUAUGUAGAAGCUGAGACUCGAUCCAAGAUGAUCGAGUUUAUAUUGAACAAACCUAUGGAAGAAUGGCCAACAAUUGACACAGCAUCUGAUAAAGAGAAUUUUGAUCAAGUGAAGAUGGAUCUAAAGGAUGCAAAGGAAGAGCUUGAAAAUCUAGAGGACAAAAUGGCCGACUUGAUUGAUAGUGCACAAGAAAAGGUUGAAACGAUGGAAAGGAGGAAGAAAGAAGCAGAAGACUUACUGAACACAGUCGAAACAAAGAAAGCCAAGCUGGAGUCUUUGAAAAUUCAACAUGAAGAAUCCUUGAAAGGUUUUGAUGGUAUGAUGAUGGAAGGAACAGAUUUACCAACCAAACUACAGAAACAGAGAGAGGCAUUGCGAACCACUGAGCUGGCCCUUCAAAAGUGUGACCUGGUACUAAUGGACCACAAGAGGGUGGUCUCCAGGCUGCAGGAGAAAUGUUGUAUGGCCAAGGCUGUUCAAAAGGAAUGUCAGCAAGCAGUUGAGACUUUACUACAGCAUAAAGUGGAACAUGACAGAGGGACUAAAGAGAACCAGGAAUGGUUAGAGCAAUGUCUGCAUACACUCAAAGACUUAGCAGGAAUCAGUAAGAUCAGAGUUGUUGACCAAUCAUUGAUCAUUGACCUUAGCUGCAAGGGACCAUCAUCAGAGGUCACUGUAGAAGUCAAGAUGACCUUCAAAACCACACCUGAUGGAAAUGAACCAAGCAAACUUUGUGCUGUUCAGCUUGGAGGAGAGAUCUUUGACUGCAGUGAUGUAAUCUCUGAAGCUAUUAGUUUGAAUGAUCCAGUCUUAUUGAUCAGGGAAGUGAAUCGAAGGCUCAACAGCCAUGCUCCUGUUCUUCAAGAGGUUGAGAGAUUACGCCAUCAGUAUGCUAUUGACUAUGUCCAUGAGGAAAGGAAGCUCCAUGCUAUGCUAGGUAGUAGCGGUCAAGUGGUAUGUACACUGACCAUUGAUAAUGGCUAUCCUACCACUGGACAGGCAACACUCACCAAGAUAGAAGGAAAUGGACAUCAUAAAGAUAUCUCAGAUUAUAAGCCACCAACAGAGAAACCAACAAUGAGUGAUUGGUUGAUGUAUCUUCAAACUCAACUCUGAAAGUAGCUCUUCUCACUCAGCUCUCAACAUCAGUCAGUUUAUUAUCUAUUUCUUACAAUUUUUACUUCAGUUAUUUGGUCAGUGGAGAGUGUUUGUAACUGUAAUAUGCCAUGUGCUAGCGCCAUUAUUGUACCUAGGGCCAGCUUGCUUGAGGUCUGAGGCCAAGGCCAACUUGUCCUAGCUUGUGGCUUAGGGUGAAUAUUUUGGCCAAUGCUGGACAUUUUAUUACAAGGCAGGAUGAAUAAGUCUUAUAGCAAAUGUGUCAUUAUAUUAACAUUCUGAACAUCUAGUUUUUUGUUCCCUUGUACUUGCAUUUUUAUCUUCUUGAACUAAAACAAAGUUUGCAUGAUUAAUUUUUUAAUUUUCAAUAGAGGGUCUCACAUAAAUAUGCCCCAAAAUACAUUUUUAUAUAUAACAUCAUGCACCGUAUGGCACAGGGAAUACCUUACAUCAUGGUCUUAUAAAAAAACAUACUGUAAGUGAAAUCUGCCUGCAUUACAUUCUUCAUGUGAAAUCUACUACUAAGUAUGUAAUGUACACGGUGCUUGUUGAUUUCAGUAAGAUUAAUUUCUACCAGUCAAUCUGUCAUAAUAGUGUAACUUUAUUAUGAAAAGAAAGUCCAAUUUAGUAUCAAGGGCCGUUACUCAUUUAAUACUCGACAUUUACCGGUACUCUAUUUUUUAAAAUGAUUACUAAUGAUAUGUGAUAUGUUCAAUCAUAACAUACAAUUACUCAUUUACAAUAGGGAAUUAUU